GACAUACGGUACAAGGGUUGGCCCUGGUUUGGUCCACCUGCCAGCCGAGUUUAAAGUUUCCGAGGCUCAGAGGAACACAAUGACUUGGAUGAGGCAGCCUAAAUGGGAAGGACACUGCUGCCGCAACCAGGGAGCCCUUAAACCCCGGCUAAACUAACAUCUCUCUUUUUAAAUGCGUCCAUAACGCAUUCUCUUUUUUUUUUUUUUUCUCUGACGAUCCACUGAAGUCCGAUCCUUGGAGACAUAUGGCUGGAAAAUGAAACGACCCGGGAGUGUGGCCACAUCGUUAUGCCGUGUGGUGUAAUACCAGAUGGGCACUGUGAACGGCGCAGAGAUGUGAAUGGACAGUUUGAAAUGGCAAUUUCCCCCUCAUCGAGCAGGUUCCAUUGCCCUCUCCUGUCUCUUGGCAUAACGAACUAGCUUUUGCCCUUCUCUGCAGUAUCAAUUACCUCAAAUUGGAGGUGGAGUGACCAGAGAGGAAGGAAUGAAGUGAUCCGGCUAAUCUUGCUAGCUGCGGAGCACCAGAACCUGGAACUGCGACCGAGUGCGGAUCCGCCGACUGCGCCCGCGGCAUGGAGCGCACGGACGCCCGCCGGGACCCAGGCCCGGCCCGGGGAGCCGGCUGCUGAGCUCCUGACUCCGCCAGGCCGCCGCCUCCUUGCGCCCUCUGCCUUUACUGUCAGCGUCGCCCACUCUCAGAGAGUCAUGGACGACGGCCCGUUGCCAGACCUCAGAGACAUCGAGCUGAAGCUGGGGCGCAAAGUGCCCGAGAGCCUAGCGCGCUCGCUGCGCGGGGAGGAGCCGGCGCCCCGAGAAGGGGCUGCGGACCCCAGCGGGGCUGGCGGGAGCUGCAGCAGCAGCAGUAGCUGCAGCAGCUUCGCGCCCUCUGUGUCCUCCUCCUCUUCAUCCUCCCCUGCCUCUGGCUCUCCACGACGCAGCCACCCCAGCGCCCUGGAGAGGCUGGAGACCAAACUGCACGUCCUCAGGCAGGAGAUGGUUAACCUCAGAGCCACUGAUGUAAGGCUCAUGCGACAGUUGCUCCUUAUCAAUGAGAGCAUCGAGUCCAUCAAGUGGAUGAUUGAGGAAAAGGCCACCAUCACCAGCCGAGGCAGCAGUCUGAGUGGCAGCCUUUGCAGUCUCCUGGAGAGUCAGGAUACUUCCUUACAUGGUAGCUACAACAGCCUCCAUGAUGGCAGUGACGGUCUGGAUGGCAUUUCUGUGGGGAGCUACCUGGACACUCUGGCAGAUGAUGUACCAGGCCAUCAGACCCCUUCGGACUUGGACCAGUUCAGUGACAGCUCCUUCAUAGAGGACACACAGGCUCUGCACAAGCACCCCACAUUGGAUUCUGAGUACUACUGCUUUGGCUAAUGACCUAGUUUUUUUGCAUGGGACUGGUGUGCAAUUAACUUGUAUGUAUCCUUCUUCUCUGCUGCUAUAUUUUUGGUGUGAUUUAUUUUAAUAAGGCAACCUUUUUAAAGAAGCUUAUUUUUAAACUGCUUAAUAAUAUUUCUGUUGCUCCUAAUGUUUCUCAUCUAGACUGAUUUAUUUUUCUCUGUUACAUCUUUAUUUUUAUUUAUUAUAAUAAGCUUUCUCUCUUCUUCUAUAGUAGCACAGAUAAGUAGAGGGAAAAGAAUAAGCAAUAAUUGUUUUCAAGCAAGGGGUCAGGGAUUAUAAGGAAAACUUUGCUAAAUUUUACAAUAAACCAAAGUCUAAUAACUUCA